AGACUCACUCUGAGGGUCUGUCCCCAGAGCCUCAGUUCGUGCAGGACACCGACAUGGAACAGGGACUCACUGGGGGAGGACAAACGCCCAAGGAGGCCCCCCACCCGACUCCGCUCUGGACCCAGCUCCCCAGCGGCCCCUAGGGAACCCGCGAUCGAGAUUAGACCUCCGAGCUGCCUAGACGGGCCCCGGAAGUGCGCGCCGAGGAGCAGGCGAUUCUAGUCCCCCUGGAGGCCGAGGUCGCCGACGCCGCCGGAACGCGCGGCCGGGUGAGCGAUGACUGCCCGUCCCUUGGGUCGGGUUCUGAAGACCUUUUAGAGAAGAUCCUGGCCUUGGUGCGGCACCGGGGACUGGACCCGGCCCAUGGAGAAGCUGCCUGAACAGACGUCCCCGGAGUCCCCGUGUCCGUCCCUCGAGCAGGAGCCUCGAAAGAGCAAGGAUGGUGAGACCUGGACUGAGGAUCAAUUAAUUAUAAAGCAGAAAUCUCUUGAAAUAGGGACACAGCCACACGAAGGAGAUGAAUGUGAACGAAACAAACAUGCAGGACCCUAUGGGUAUGGACAGAACUUUGGUCAUAUCUCAGACUUUAUCCGACAGACACACAUUCUUAUGGAAGAGAAAUCUCAAAUGUGCAACGUUUGUGGCAAGCUAUUCAGACGGAAUACAUACCGUAUUCAGCAUGAAAAAAUCCACACGCAAGAGAAGCCUUAUGAGUGUCAUGAAUGUGGAAAAGCCUUUGGCCAUAGUUCAAAUCUCAUUCAGCAUCAAAGAAUUCACACCGAGGAGAAACCCUAUGAAUGCGGUGAGUGUGGGAAGGCCUUCCGGCGCAGCUCACGCCUCAUCCAGCAUCAGAUCAUCCACACGGGGGAGAUGCCUUACAUGUGUAAUGAGUGCGGAAAAGCUUUCGGUCAGAGCUCAAGUCUCCUUCGACAUCAGAGAAUCCACACUAGGGAGAAGCCCUAUGAAUGUACCGAAUGUGGGAAGGCUUUCAGUCAGAGCUCAAAUCUAACAGAACAUCAGCGAGUUCACACCAGAGAGAGACCAUAUGAAUGCAGCGACUGUGGGAAAGCUUACAGUCGUAACUCACACCUCAUCGAACAUCAGAGAGUCCAUACAGGGGAGACUCCUUAUGACUGUAAUGAGUGUGGGAAAUCUUUCAGUAGGAGUUCACUGCUUAUCAAACAUCAUAGAAUUCACACUGGAGAAAGACCCUAUGAGUGUAGUGAAUGUGGGAAGGCCUUUAGUCGGAACUCCCACCUUAUUCAGCACCAGAAGACUCACAGUGGGGUAAAACCUUCUGAAUGUAAAGAAUGUGGGAAAACCUUCAAGUACAGUUCGUACCUUAUUGAUCACCUGGGAAUCCAUUCACGAGAGAAACUGUGAAUGAAGUGAAGGUGGUAAAGCCUUUGGUUGGAGUUCAGCUCUUAGCGAACAUCAGAGAACUCACGCUGGGGAGAAAACCUUUGGCUGUAGUGAGUGCAGACGGCCUUCAGUCCUAGCUCAACUCUUACUAAGGCCUGAAAAUCCACAUAGUGGACAGAUCUCGUGGAUGUGGACAGAUCUCAUGGAUGUGUUCAGUGCAUGAAUACCUUUAGACAGAGUUCCCGUCUUACUCAGCAUUAGCCAGUUUCCUUUGGGGGAAUGAUGGGUAUGGGGAGAGCCUUGCUAUGAGUCGGAGAGGGGCAUGAAAGGGGCGUCAUGUGACACUACAGAAGGAAUGACUAAAGUGGAAGCUUAAGUCAGCACUACUUUUUAUUUGAUUUUGAGGAUCUACAUCAGAGGGAGAUUCUAUGUUUUUUUUUCACAUCUCCAUAAUCUUCUGCCAAAAAUGGAAUGAGUUAGGUCCAUUCCAGGGAAGAAAGAAUCAGGGCAUUCUGGAUUCAGACUCAUAGAUCAGGAAAGCUGCAAUGUGACCUUUGAAUUCAAUAGCUUUCCUUGUAUCUCAUCUGUCCUGUUGGGUGUAACUAUACAUGGAAGUGGAUCUUGGGUCUUCUUGGACCAGCAUUUUUGCUCCUCAGUGUCCUGCAGACUACUGAAUCUCUUUUUGUUUUAUAUUUCAUAGAUGCUUUUUAAUAAAUGGGCAAAUUUUCUAAGCCCAAUAAUU